AUGACCACUCAGGUUUGCAAAGGUGAAAAGAGCAGCAUCCAGGUUGAAUCUGGAAAAUACGAAGCACAGAUGAGGAAGUUUCCUGUUUGCAGCAGCCAGUAUGUGCAUCAGGGAGAAGAUCAAAGUGCACUGAGCAAACACCACGCAGCACCAGGGAUCCGGCAAAGAAGUCUGGCUCCUGCCAGUGCUCCAGGAUGCAAGAUAAAAGGCAAACAGCUCUGCAGAUUCCUGGCCUUCCUGGCCUUUCCCCUUCACCUCCUACCCAUUGCAUCUUCCAUUCUUGUGAGCAUCUUUCUAGUUCCAUCUCUGGCCCUGAUGAACACCAGUGACAGUCAUCCUAUGGAUGGCUCUGUGGGAACCCAGAUCAUCCAUGUCGAUGCCCUCCUAGGUAUCGUCAGCAUCCAAGACAACAAUGUUUUGAGUGAAUGGAAUGGAAUCGUGGACUACAAGAGUGACCUUCUGGCAGCUAAACUGUUUGGUAAGAUGGCCUGUGUCCUGGCCAAGAUGGACCUAGCAGUCUUCCCAAGUUUGGAUGAAAUUACUCAGGCCCUGGGCAAACAGGCUUCUGGUCACUACCCACCCUCCCGUGGACUGACCUACACCGUUAUACCCAGCCGAGUCAAAAACUUGGCCCAAUAUGGAAUGCCUGUCAAGGACCUGUGCAGAGCAGUCCCCACCUACUUUGCCCAGCAGCAAAAAGAAGGCACCGCCCUGGCAAUGGACCCAGACUUCUGUUCUGAGCUCCAGAUUCUCUCCUUCAUGGGACUGUCCAUCUGUGGUGAGAUCCUUGGGCUCUGA